AUGGAGAAGAAACAGUGUGGGGAAUGUAAACAAGCCGUCAACGAUAUUGAACCGAUCCGAUGUGGCUUCUGUGAGAACUGUUACCACAUAAACCAACAAUGCUGUGGCUUUAACAGUAGAGGGUGUAAGGAUCUUUUCGCACUCGGCGAUAUCAUGUUUAUUUGCCCGAUAUGCAGAGAGUUGCUGAACGGCCGUUCUAUUCGUUCUUACAUAGCAGAUUUACAGCUGCCACUAUCAGAGCAACCAACACAGUCGUCACAACUCACUGAGCUGCCCGCUCAGGCUCAAAAACUAUUCGAGCACACCGGUCAAUAUUCGAAUGCUGUAUGGCUAUUCUACCAGAAUGUCCGCGGUCUACGUACUAAAAUCGACGAGUUUUAUCUGGCAACUAACGACUGUAAUUUCGACGUGAUCGUGUUGACUGAAACUGGACUGGAUGACCGCAUCAACUCGCAGCAACUGUUCGGCGACUCGUUUAAUGUUUUCCGGUGUGACAGAAGCGUUCAUAACAGAAGCAAACGUUCUUUUGGUGGAGUUUUGAUCGUCGUUAAUAAACGGUACCCGAGCGCAUUGUUUAAUACUUCACACGGCAACCAUCUGGAGCAGAUAUGCGUGGGUACCACUAUUUGUGGUUUGAAAAUAUUCCUCUGUGCUGUAUAUAUCCCUCCUGACGAAAGCAACGAUCCAGCCAUAAUUGACGCCCAUAUUGCCUCGGUCACUGAGCUGUGCAGUAAGAGAUCGGCUAAUGAUACCAUUCUCGUUUGUGGUGAUUUUAAUCAACCUCGCAUCGUUUGGUCACAGGACAAAGCAAUUCAUACCAGUUCGUCUCAAUUUUCUGCUGCUAGUGCUGCACUGAUCGAUGGCAUGGACUUUUUAAACCUAAGCCAAGUGAACCAGCAGUUGAAUCACCUCGACCGCAUGCUCGAUCUUAUCUUUUGUCCUAUCGAGCAAACAUGUGUGGUCGAUACUUGUGUUGCCCCACUUGUGCCCGUUGAUCUGCAUCAUCCCCCGCUUGUAAUAUCAUUGCCAUCUGAGUCAAGAAUGACGACACCGGUUUCGGCAGCGGACAGUAUGAGAACUUUGAAUUACCGUAAAAUUAAUUUCACGGCUCUUACUGAGUUUUUACAAAGUUUCGACUGGAUGACUCUGUACGAAAUCAAUGACGUUGACGAUCUAGCUAACUCGUUCAGUGAAACUUUAUGCCAAUGGUUGAGACAAAAUUUGCCACUAGUGAAUAAGCCUGCUUCCCCUCCAUGGGCUACUCCGCGACUACAUGCACUAAAGCGUGUACGUAAUGCUUGGCAGCGUAAAUAUCGAAAAACUAAAACAGUUGAGACUAAAUGUAAUUAUAAACGAUCCAGCACCGACUUUCGUCGAAUGAACGCCUGUUUGUACAAAAGCUACGUAAUGCGGGUACAAACAGACCUCCGCCGGAACCCUAAACAGUUUUGGAAUUUUGUAAAUUCGAAGCGAAAAUGUUCACUAAUCCCUUCUAGCAGCAUGUUCCCCGGAGUCGUCACUGCUUCCGAGUUGGAUGCUGAAAUUGCUUCUGCAGAUGUACCGCUUGACCUAGUUGACCUAAGCACAUUCGAAAUCACUGCCGAUAUGAUAGUGACUGCUGCGAAACGACUUAAAACUUCGUUUUAUGUGGGGCCGGAUGGUAUCCCUGCAGUGGUUUAUACCCGCUGUGCAGCCGUUUUAGCUGGACCUUUAUGA